AGAGGGCCCAUUACUGGCCCAAUUCCACAGUCCCAUUUUCAACACUGUAAGCGUUGUUCAUAAACAAUGGAAACCUAAUUUCCUACCAUUUUGCAGCAGCGUAGAAAAACCCUAAUUCUUCUUCUUCGAUCUCAUUCCUUCAAGUGUGAAAAUGUCGAUCGGAGAAGUUGCUUGCAGCUACUCUCUUAUGAUUCUUCAUGAUGAUAACAUCGCCGUUACUGGUGAGAAAAUCUCCACUUUGUUGAAAGCUGCAAAUGUUAAUGUUGAAGCUUACUGGCCAAGCUUAUUCGCUAAACUUGCCGAGAAGAAGAACCUUGAUGAUUUGAUAUUGAAUGCGGCUGGAGGUGGUGCUCCGGUUUCUGUUUCGGCCCCAGUUGUGGCUGCUGCCUCCACUGCAGUUGCUGCUCCUACCGAGGAGAAGAAGGAAGAACCCAAGGAUGAGAGUGACGACGACAUGGGAUUCAGCUUGUUUGAUUAGAAACACUUUUAGUAUGAUCUUUUCUGAUUUUUGUACUGGUAUUGGGUUAGUUACUCAGUGGAAUUCCUUUUUUUUUGGGACUCAAUUUUGUUUUGAUUGCAUUAUUAGGUCAAGAUUUUGUUGUGCUUUUGACUUAAGAAUAUGGGUUUGUUCUUUAUCUUUGAUAAUUUGAGUUGGUAUAAAUUUUUCUAAAUUCUAAGAAUUAAAGGACAAAUUAUCUCUUUUU